AUGGCCCUUCUGGGGAAGCGCUGUGACAUUGCUGCCAACGGCUGCGGCGACCGCUGGAGCUCGGCCUUCACCCGCAAAGACGAGAUCAUCAGCAGCCUGGUGUCUGCCCUGGACUCCAUGUGCUCCGCGCUGUCCAAGCUCAACGCCGAGGUGGCCUGUGUGGCUGUGCGCGAUGACAGUGCCUUCGUGGUGGGCACAGACAAGGGGAGAAUGUUCCUGAACGCCAGGAAGGAGCUGCAGGCCGACUUCCUGAGGUUCUGCCGGGGACCCCCGUGGAAGGAUCCAGAAGCCGAUCACCCUAAGAAGGCGGCGCGGGGUGAGGGCGGGGGCCGCGUGGUGCGGGGCUCACUGGAGGCCGGCGGGGAUGUGUACCUGCUGCAGAAGAUGGUGGAGGAGGUGUUUGACGUUCUUUAUAGCGAGGCGCUGGGCAGGGCCAGUGUGGUGCCCCUGCCCUAUGAGAGACUGCUCAGGGAGCCAGGGCUGCUGGCCGUGCAGGGGCUGCCCGAGGGCCUGGCCUUCCGGAGGCCGGCGGAGUACGACCCCAAGGCCCUCAUGGCCAUCUUAGAACACAGCCACCGCAUCCGCUUCAAGCUCAAGAGGCCUCUGGAUGAUGCAGGGCGGGACUCAAAGGCCCUGGUGGAGAUCAAUGGCCUCUCCCUGCUCCCCAAGGGGUCCCGGGACUGCAGCCUGCACGGCCCGGCCCCCAAGACCACCCCGCAGGACCCACUGCCCCCCAGCACCGCCUCCUCUGGUGCCAGCUUCCUCUACAGCAGUGCUCUGCCCAACCAUGCCCUGCGUGACCUAAAACAGGAGGUGCCCAGCGGGCCGGUGCUGCCCGCGGACCUGGGCCUGGGCCGGCCGGGGCCUGAGCACAAGGCGCCUGCUGCCCAUGACUUCGAUUGCUAUGGACAGAAGCCCCCGGGUCCCUCUGGGCCUCUGAUCCAGAACGUUCAUGCCUCUAAGCGCAUUCUCUUCUCCAUCGUCCAUGACAAGUCAGAGAAAUGGGACGCCUUCCUGAAGGACACAGAGGACAUCAACACACUGAGGGAGUGCGUGCAGAUCCUCUUCAACAGCAGAUACGCGGAAGCCCUGGGCCUGGACCACAUGGUCCCCGUCCCCUACCGGAAGAUCGCCUGUGACCCCGAGGCCGUGGAGAUCGUGGGCAUCCCGGACAAGAUCCCUUUCAAGCGGCCCUGCACGUAUGGGGUCCCCAAGCUGAAGCGGAUCCUGGAAGAGAGACACAGCAUCCACUUCAUCAUUAAGAGGAUGUUUGAUGAGCGGAUUUUCACAGGGAACAAGUGUACCAAAGAUGUCCCGAAGCUGGAGCCGCCCAGCCCACCCGAGGACGGCCCCGCGGGCUGCAGGUUGGACCAAGGCAGCGGCUCCCCCGUGGACUGUGGGCCAGGAACCUCACAGGAGCUCAGCAUCCUGAGGCCCAUCAAAAUCGAGCCAGAAGACCUGGACAUCAUUCAAGUCACUGUCCCAGACCCUUCACCCAGCCCGGAGUUGAUGGGCGACUCCCUGCCUGGCCAUCUGCCCUCCGAGGACUCUGGCUGCGGGAUGGACGUGCUGGCGGACAAAGGCCCCAGUGAGGACCCACGCCCCGGAGAGCGGCCCGUGGAGGACAGCCCGGGCGACGCCAUCCGGCCCCUAAGGAAGCAGGUGGAGCUGCUGUUCAACACACGCUACGCCAAGGCCAUCGGCACAUCAGAGCCGGUGAAGGUGCCCUACUCCAAGUUCCUCAUGUACCCCGACGAGCUGUUUGUGGUUGGGCUGCCCGACGGCAUCUCGCUCCGCAGGCCCAACUGCUUCGGGAUCGCCAAGCUGCGGAAGAUUCUAGAAGCCAGCAACAGCAUCCAGUUCGUCAUCAAGAGGCCCGAGCUGCUGGCCGAGGGUGUCAAGGAGCCCCUGCUGGACAGUCAAGAGAGGGAGUCCGGGGACCCUCGGGUGGACACGAACCUCGGGAGACAGGCGCUCCAAGAGAAUUAUGACACGAGACUCUCCCGGAUAGACAUUGCCAACACGCUGCGGGAACAGGUGCAGGACUUGUUCAACAAGAAGUACGGGGAGGCCUUGGGCAUCAAAUACCCUGUGCAGGUGCCUUACAAGCGCAUCAAGAGCAACCCUGGCUCGGUGGUCAUCGAGGGGCUGCCCCCUGGGAUCCCCUUCCGCAAGCCCUGCACCUUCGGCUCCCAGAACCUGGAGCGCAUCCUGGCCGUGGCCGACAAGAUCAAGUUCACCGUCACCAGGCCAUUCCAAGGUCUUAUCCCAAAGCCUGAUGAGGAUGAUGCCAACAGGCUGGGGGAGAAGGUGAUCCUCCGUGAGCAGGUGAAGGAGCUCUUCAAUGAGAAAUACGGCGAGGCCCUGGGCCUGAACCGGCCCGUGCUGGUCCCCUACAAGCUGAUCCGAGACAGCCCAGAUGCAGUGGAGGUCACGGGCCUGCCUGAUGACAUCCCCUUCCGGAACCCCAACACCUAUGACAUCCACCGGCUCGAGAAGAUCCUGAAGGCGCGCGAGCACGUGCGCAUGGUGGUCGUCAACCAGCUCCAGCCUUUUGCAGAAGUCUGCAAUGACGCCAAGGUGCCAGCCAAAGACAGCAGCGUUCCCAAGCGCAAGCGAAAGCGUGUGUCAGAAGGGAACUCAGCCUCCUCGUCCUCCUCCUCCUCGUCGUCCUCCUCCUCCUCCUCUUCUAACUCGGAGUCCGUGGCAUCCACCAACCAGAUCUCCCUAGUGGGCACUUACAGAGCGGGCAGGACCCAGGGUCUGCGCACCAAGUUUCAGCCUGAUGACCUGAGGUGGCCGAUGUACAUGGUGGACUACGCCGGACUCAACGUGCAGCUCCCAGGACCCCUGAAUUACUGACCUCAGCGCGGGCGACCUCAGCAGAGAUUUACGGAAUUGUAAUUUAUGUACAAAGUGUACAUUCGCAUAUGUAUCGAUGCCUUUUAGUUUUUCCAA